CAUACACAGCGAUCACCAAAUGGGGCGUCCGAAGAGGCGAUUGGAGGAUUGGUGAACGAAAAGUAGGGAAACGACAAAAAACGGAGACGUACAAAAGCACAGUUAGCAAUACGAGAUCAGAAAAUUUGGAUGUGGGAGUUCAUAGUGAUUUUUUUUUUUUAUUUUUUAUUGUUUAACUUAGGUAGGGCAUUAAGCAGUAUAAUAGGAAGGGCUUGGUGGCGCAACCGACUGCCCCGUUUCAAUGGAGACGCUCAUAACAUCCAUCCAUUUAUCCAUCCGGCUAGCAUGAUUAAGCCAAGCCAAGCUUUAAAGCAACAGCUAUGGUGGCGGAGUGGCGGAGUGUAGACGAGUGGGGAUCUUGCAUGGAGUUUUGUGAAUUUGUAAGCCUGGCACCGGCCGAAGAAGGUCCUCUGUGUUGCCCUAUCGGUGCUAUCGUGGGACUUCCGUGUUGGUCGUCUAGCAUUCCCAACCUAAUUCACAGUCCAGCCGCCUUCCUACGCAGCACGCACGAUCCUGUAGCAUUGUCAACACAGCGACAGUCGCAACACGUGGAUUCAGAUUCUCCGAUAGUAGCCAGAUAUCAGUGUGGUUAUAAAGCAAAGUCUUGCAGAUUGCAGUAGGCACCAGUCAGUGCCUGCAACAUCCACCACAGUCAUGCAAGGGGAUGCUGCUACGCAGUGUGACCAGAAAGCAGACAUUGUUUUUAAGUCCACAUGGUGGGAGGAAGGCAUCUCCAAAUCGACACAGACUGAGUUAUUCACUCUGAAGGUCUCCAAGUGGACGCAGUCUGAUGAUCUGGAAGAAAGCUGCUGUGCCUCUCCACUGCUGGAACUGCCAUUGCCAAGCAAAGUGCCUCUGGUGCUUAGUAAUUCAAGGAAAACCAACAAUGGAGUACAGCAAGAUGCAGAAGUUGACGAUAUCACAAAAGAUGACUAUAUACUCAGGAUGGAUGCUGACGCAGCUUUGAGCAAGCAGACAGAAAGCUCUCCCAUAGUCAUUGCCUAUGCCUGCACGCUUUGCUCACUGAAGUUCGAGGAGCUGGAGGCCUUAACCUCCCAUGUACUGACGUGCCCGUGGCCUGAACCAUUCCAGUGUGUCCUGUGUUCACAGACCUUUGCAGACUGGAAAGCAACGAUGGUUCAUCUCGUAUCUCACCUUGACCGCACCAAGACAAAGUGCCCAUUUUGCAAGUGCAUAUUUGAUGGUAGGAAAUCGACCAUGAUGAGGCACAUCCAACGGCUACACGUGCACGUCAAGGCAUUCAUGUGCAACUUGUGCAGGGCCACGUAUGCCAACAGGCAUGACAUGCUCGCACACACCAGUCGUAGGUGCCGUGCAAGGAAGCCAUGAGAGUGAGCAGAGGAAGCUUCUAUAUUUGAGAAAAGUAACAUGCUCACUGUAAUGUAGCACAUAAUAGAGAAUUUUAGUUAUGGGGAUGAAAGCUGCACCCAUGUGUUGGGGGACGCAAACCACUGGGUGUACAAAAGAACCUAAAUCAAGCACAAAAGAAUGCGAAUGGCCCACAGUGGUGUUGUGUCCCCCAACUGUUGCAUGCAGCUUGUGUCCCUUAACCUAAAUCUCUCUAAUGUAUAUAUUAAACACAUACUUGUAUUAUAA